GUACACCGAGCGACCGUUUAAAUGCAAAUUCCCCGCGUCGAAACGCGACCGUUUCGUGCUGUAAGCGGGUUGUUUCGGGUGGUUUUUUUUUAAGCGUGGGGGAAUUAGCGGUGGUUUCCGCGCCGAGACCUCCAUGCGGCUGUUGGCGGAACAGCCAGCCGCCUCUCUCGGUUAGCCAUCAGGGAUCUCGGUUUAAUAUCUCACCGUGCAGAGACUCGCCCUCUCUCUCCCCCUCUCUCUCUCACUGACUAGCCCAGAACCGCCGACGACCGAGCUCGGAGAACCCGCCUUCUUGAUCUUUCUUAUGCGCUUUUGGACCGAGGGAAGGGAGUCUGCAACGCCCUGGCUCUAGUUUUUAAGCUCAGUUUUCUGUGUUUGCAGUGCGCCAUUGGACCUUGUCACGAUAGGAGACAUUACACCCACAAAUGAAUGGAGCAAUGGAGGCAACGACCCAAAUCCACGUGUGGGCCCAGGAGGACUUAUUAAAACUGCUGGAGGCCAUGAAAGUAGCCCUGCCUCAGAAAGACCUGACUAAAUACAAAACAUCAGAGUCUCACCUUGACUGGCAGAAGGUGGCCUUCAAUUCCUACACAGCAGAGAUGUGUAAGCAGAAGUGGCAGGAGGUUUCAAAAGAGAUUCGGAAAUUCAGGACCCUCACAGAGCUGAUAGUCGACGCCCAGGACUACAUCAAAAAUCCAUACAAGGGCAAGAAAAUAAAGAAACAUCCAGAUUUCCCCAAGAAGCCCUUGACGCCAUACUUCCGCUUCUUCAUGGAAAAGAGGGCCAAGUAUGCAAAGUUGCACCCAGAGAUGAGCAACCUAGACCUAACUAAGAUCCUCUCCAAGAAGUACAGGGAGCUGCCAGACAAGAAAAAGAAAAAAUAUGUGGACGACUUCUUAAGAGACAAAGAAUCAUUUGUGACUAGCAUGAUGAAGUUCAGGGAAGCACACCCAGACCUCAUGGAGAGUAUGACCAAGAAAGGUUCAAAUGUACCAGAGAAGCCCAAGACACCCCAGCAGCUGUGGUACAACCAUGAAAAGAAGGCCUUCCUAAAGACACGCCCAGACGCGACCACCAAAGACAUUAAGGACAGUCUUGGAAAACAGUGGACACAGCUGUCUGACAAGAAGAGGCUCAAAUGGAUCACAAAGUCUCUGGAGCAGAGGAAGGUGUACGAGGAGACAAUGCGGGAGUACAUCCAGCAACACCCAGAGUUGAACAUGACGGCAGACGAUAUCGUAAAGUCCACCUUGACCAAGGCCGAGAGGCACCUGAAAGACAAAUCCGACGGCCGACCUGACAAGCCCCCUCCAAACGGUUACUCAAUGUUCUGCGCGGAAUUGAUGUCAAACAUGAAGGAUGUGCCCAGCACAGAACGUAUGGUGAUGUGCAGCCAGCGGUGGAAGCUGCUGAAGCAGGGUGAGAAGGACGCCUACCAGAAACGCUGUGAACAGAGGAAGAAAGAGUAUGAAAUUGAGAUGAACAGAUUCCUCAGUUCUUUGUCAGAGGAGGAGCAGCAGCGGGUGUUGUCUGAGGAGAAGAUAGGUUUUAAGAGGGGCGGUGGAGCCAGCAGUCCUGCCUCCAAAAAGAAAAACGCCAAAGCAAAGGCCAAUCCAGAGAAACCCAAAAGGCCGAUUUCAGCCAUGUUCAUCUUCUCCGAGGAGAAGCGUCCCAAACUGCAACAGGAGCGUCCCGACCUUUCUGACAGCGAGCUCACUAGACUCCUGGCCCGCAUGUGGAAUGAGCUGCCCGAUAAGAAGAAGGAGAAGUAUAAACGUCUAGAAACAGUCCUGAAGGCAGAGUCAGAGAAGAAAGAGAAGGAGGAUCGUAGUCGUCUGCCGGACCCACCCAAGACUGCACAGGACAUCUGGCAGCAGAGUGUCAUCGGAGACUACCUGGCCAGAUUUAAGAGUGACCGGCCAAAGGCGCAGAAAGCUAUGGAAGCCACCUGGGGCACCAUGGAGAAAAAGGAGAAAAUUAUGUGGAUUAAAAAGGCAGCAGAGGAUCAGAAACGAUACGAGAGAGACCUGUGUGAGAUGCGCUCACCUGCUGCUGCCAUUGCCUCAGGGAAAAAGAUGAAGUUUGAGGGUGAACCCAAGAAACCACCAUCAAACGGAUAUCAGAAGUUCUCUCAGGAGAUGCUGUCCAAUGGAGAGCUGAAUCACCUCCCAAUGAAAGAGAGGAUGGCAGAGAUCGGCAGCCGCUGGCAGAGGUUACCACUGAAGGACAAGGACCGCUACAAGAAGAUCGCUGAGGAGAAGCAGAGACAGUACAAAGUGACGCUGGAACAGUGGCUCGCUAGCUUGUCUUCACAAGAGAGAAACACCUACAAAGAAUAUAAUUCUCAAAAAAGGAGAACCACGGCGAAACCAGGAGGCCCUAAAGCGAAGGCCAAAAAAUCUGACACUGAGGAGGAGGAGGAGGAUGAUGAUGAGGACGAAGAUGAUGAGGAGGAGCAGGAGAAGGCUUCAUCUGAAGCAGACUCUUCCAGUGAGGACGACGAUGAUGAUGAUGACGAUGAUGACAAGGAGGCGGAUGAUGACGAUGACGACGAUGAUGACGAUGACGACGACGACGAGGCGGAAGACAAGGAGAACAAAUCAGAGGACAGCAGCAGCGAAUCGAAUUCACAGGGGUCGUCGGACUCAGAUUCGGACUGAAAUGGCCGACGUCAUCAUGAGACGAACUGAGCAGCGCUGAGCUGAGCCAAGAGUCAAGGGAGCUCUGCCACUGUGCCAACCCUGCUCUCCUCCCACCACUAGGGGGAGCCCCUGCAUUGCCUCAUCCACUUCACACUCACCCAUUUUGUGUUGGUGAUCUUCUCAUUGGAGGGACCCUGCCCUUAUGUCCAACAUCAGUUUCAUUCCCUCCCCGGUGUGACGGUCAUCCGACAGCACGAGCCGCUGACGUUAUGCCAAAAACAGCAUCCCACUGGUUUGGUGAUGUCACGAACAUUUCAAUCUUGACAUACAGCUUCAGUGGAUUAAGGUUAGAGUUUUAAUGUCAAGAGGGGAAGUAAUAACUCUCCAGUGUUUUAUUAUAUUAUUCUGGUAAUUAGUUGAAGACCGGUGGCUUCAUAGAGCCAAAGAACAUAGUAUGGUGGAUCACUUUAGGGAGGGUGGGGGGGUGUGCAGGGUACUGAAAAAUUGCACUCUUCAGAAUGUUUCCAUUAUUCUUUUUUCUUUUUUUUUCCAGAACAUUGUUGCGUUGUUCUCUAUUCUCAAUUUUUGAUGUAGAUUUUAUCAUUUGGUUCUUAAAGAGGUGGUAUUUUUUUCAGGAAAAAAAUCAAGCCAUUAUGAAUGUCUUUUUUGUUGCUGGAAAAUUUUGUUACGUACCUGUGUUCUCAUUUAAAAGAUAAGAGUGCCUACAUAAAGUGUUGACCCCCUCUUGGACUUUUUCAUGUUUUAUUGUUUUACAAUGUUGAACGGAAGUGGAUGUGAUGAGGCUUUGCUAGUCUUUAAAAGGACUUUUUAAAGGAAUACAGCAACAUUUGAAAGUGCUCAUUUGCUUCCUAUUUGAGUUAGCCUGACAGACGUUUCAAUACAGAACUGAAACUAUUUUCAGUCUCAUGGAAAUUUGUCACAAGAAAUGAAAUCUCCAAAUAUGUUUGAAUUAAGUGCAUAAAACAGUUUUUGUCCUCUUUAAUAUGGACAAUGUAUCCCAUUUUAUUUUGAAAGAACGGCCGGUUGAGGUGUUUAUAAACUAUAUAUGAGCAAUGUUUUCAUGCUACAAAUUCUCUGUUGGUUUGAAAUCUGACCAAAUAAUUGAGUGCUUCUUGAAACCCACACAGCCUGCUCUAAGAUGCACGGCUGUGCCAUAUUCUGUACAUGUUUCAAAUUAUUGUCCCAACUGUAGUCUGCAGACAUUCUGUGCCUUGGAAAUAGUGUAUCCUUACCCUGAGUACUAGAUUUCAGUGUAUCAGGAUUGUUCCUUCAUCUUCAAAUUACUUAUUAACUCAACUUCUCUUACUUUUGUUUUAUUAUAAGACAAAAUGUAGUUAAAUUUGUGUUCAUGUUUAUACUGAUUAUUUGGUUGGUUUUAUGCCCUGAAAAAGCCUGACUACAUCCACAGUGCUUCAAGAUUGUGAAACAAAAGAAGCCCAGAGGGAGGUGAAGACUUUCUAUGGGUGCUGUAGGAUCCAUUGCCAUGUGUGGGUGUCAUUUGUCAAACUUAACUGACAUGUCUUGUACACAGAAAUCCAUCAGUCUGAAACAGUUCUGCCUGACUCAGCAGUUUGUUCUGGCCUGACAGUAAUAAACAGUGUUUAUUGUGUGACCAGAGCAGUUUGUCAUUGAAGGGGAUAACGCUUGUUUUCCACAUUUUUGAGCUCAAUCUGUCUCUGUUUUUAAAGAAUGCGUCACACAGUCGGUGUGUGUUUCUUCUCCGAACCGUUGUUUUACGUUUUAUUUGCGGUUUGUUUGAAUUGUUAAUAGGUUUGUUUUAAAUUGUCGUGUUCUGAUCCAUCUGGAAUCGUUUGUGGAUGUCGGACUGAAUGGGUUUUCAUCAAAGGUUUUUUUUUUUUUUUUUUUUUUUUAAUGGUAUUGACUGUAAUCCAUCUGGAUUUUAGUUUGAUGCUUAUCCCAAAAAAGUGUGCACUUAAAAGUAAAUCUGUCCCUCUGUGUGAGUUUGUGUGCAUGCAUGCACAGAACUGUGUAUAUAUGAGGGUGUGAGUGUGUGUUUCUUUGCUUUAAUGUGUGCUGUUUUUACUGUUUAUUUGUUGCAUACCAUGAUGUGACUGCAGCAUGCAUGUUUGUGCCUGUGUGGGGACAUCUUACCAACACCAUGAAUGUAGAUAUUGUUCAAUCUUUUUUUUUUUUUUUUUUUUUUUUCUCUCCAAAGGUCUUUAGUAAUUUUCCCUCUGCACUGUUGUGUCAUUGGUUACCUAAAAAAAACAACAGGACUUCAGUGACUGUCCUUUUGGGUCCACAGACAGAGUACAAGGUGACUCUUAAUCUGUUGGUACUGGACUGAUUUUGAUCAUUAUGAAUCUCAUCACUGUCUGAAACAAAACCAGCCUGGACUAUUUAAAUAAUCUGGGGAGGGACGAAGAAAGCAAUUGCUGAUAUUGAUCUGUAGGAGUUUGUAAAAAAAAAAAUAAAGAAAAAAAGGGAUUUGGGGAAUUGAGUUGCCAGAGGAAUUUGGGGUUAAAAACUUGUAAUUUUUCUGUAAAUACUGUUUUUUUGUAUUGAGUGCUUAUUGUUUUGUUAGUGCUUUAAGUUUGCAAACCCUCAUCUGUGACUUCUGAGGCCAGUGAGUUUUUCACUCAAUGGGGAGAGUUUUUGGUUUAAUUCACCUGUUUUAGUUGUUUCUUCUCUCCCUUCUGUUGGUUUAUAGAGAUAUCUAAGACAGCAAAGCUUUACAAGUUUGUACUGCUGAUCAUUUGACAAAAUUCGAUGUUUUCUAUAGCUGAGGGUGUUCUUAUGUCCUUGUAGUUCAAGUCUUUGGGCAAAUAAAAAUGAUCUUUAACAGUU